GCAUGGUAAAGCUUGCUCAAAGGGAACAAUAACCAAGCCGUACUGUCAUCUUCAGACGGCGGUUUUGGGAUUUAUUUCAGGCUUAACAUCGCCACGAACGUCCACAUUCGUAUUGGAAUUGCAAGCAGUCAUUCGCGGUUUCCAUCCGCUCGGCCAUGGCGGCACAUAAACCAGUGGAAUGGGUUCAGGCCGUGAUAAACAGAUUCGACGAGCAGCUUCCUGUUAAAACGGGACAUCAGAACAACCACACCAAAGUCAGCACAGAGCACAACAAGGAAUGUCUCAUCAACAUCUCUAAGUACAAGUUCUCCCUCGUCAUCAGUGGCCUCACGAACAUACUAAAAAAUGUGAACAACAUGCGGAUAUUCGGGGAAGCUGCUGAGAAGAACCUCUACCUCUCCCAGCUGAUUAUCCUGGACACACUGGAGAAGUGCCUGGCAUCGCAAUCAAAGGACUGCCUGCGUCUGGACGAGACCAUGCUGGUGAAGCAGCUGCUGCCAGAGAUCUGUCACUUCAUCCACAUGUACCGCGAGGGCCACCAGCAUGCUGCUGAGCUCCGGGCCUCUGCCUCAGGGGUCCUCUUCUCCCUGAGCUGCAACAACUUCAAUGCUGUUUUCAGCCGCAUCUCCACCAGGUUGCAAGAGCUGACAGUCUGCUCAGAAGAUACUGUGGAUGUGCAUGAUAUAGAGCUCAUGCAGUACAUCAACGUGGACUGCGCCAAACUUAAAAGACUGCUCCAAGAAACGGUAUUAAAAUUCAAAGCCCUGAAGAAACCUGCCCAACUUGCCGUCAUUAACAGUUUGGAAAAGGCCUUCUGGAACUGGGUGGAGAACUACCCUGAUGAGUUUACCAUGCUCUACCAGAGACCACAGACAGACAUGGCAGAUGCUGCGGAGAGGCUGUUUGACCUGGUGGACAGCUUUGCUGAGAGUGCCAAGAGGAAGGCAGCGGUGUGGCCUCUACAGAUCAUCCUCCUCAUCCUCUGUCCCGAGAUCACACACAUCAUCUCCCGAGAGGUGGUGGAGGAGAGCAAGGCCAACAAAAAGCUGUUCCUGGAGAGCUUGAGGAAGGCCCUAGCAGGCCAGGGGGGCAGCAAGCAACUAACAGAGAGUGCAGCCAUCGCCUGUGUCAAACUGUGCAAGGCCUCCACCUACAUCAACUGGGAGGACCACUCGGGCAUCUUCCUCUUGGUGCAGUCCAUCGUGGUGGACCUCAAGGCCCUACUCUUCAACCCCACCAAGCCCUUCUCUCGCGGGGCAGGCAGCCAGAACGCAGACGUGGACCUCAUGAUCGACUGUUUCGUCUCCUGUUUCCGUAUCAACCCUCACAACAAUCAGCACUUUAAGGUCUGUUUGGCCUCCGCCUCCCCCUCUACCUUUCACUUUGUCCUGGUCAACUCCCUGCACAGAAUCAUCACCAAUUCUGAUCUGGACUGGUGGCCUAAGAUUGAUGCAGUGUACUGCUACUCUGGAGAGCUGCGACUAAUGUUCUCAGACACUUUGAGCCGAGUGAUGCAAGGCCUUCACACACACGCCCCACUACGUAUGACGCCGAGUCUGUCAUUUAAAGAGAAGAUGACCACCAGCCUUAAGUUCAAAGAGAAAACCACAGACCUGGAUACACGCAGCUACAAGUGCCUCCUCCUCGCCCUGGUCAAACUCAUCCACGCUGACCCCAAACUCAUGCUGCACAACCCAGGGAAGCAGGCUCAGGAGACCCAGAGCAGCACAGCAGAGCUGAUCGCAGGCCUGGUGCAGCUGGUGCCCUUGGCCAAUACAGCCCAGCUCUCCCAGGAAGCCAUGGAGGCUCUGCUGGUGCUGCACCUGCCUGAAACCAUUGAGCUGUGGAACCCUGAGGCCCCCAUUGAAACCUUCUGGGACAUCAGCUCCCUGGUUCUCUUCCUGAUCUGUAAGAAGCUGAUUGGUCACCAGAUGGUGAACAGUACAGAGGUGUUGAAGUGGCUGAGGGAGAUCCUUAUUUGCAGGAACAAGUUCCUCCUAAAGAACAAGGAGUGUGCCACGCAGGGCAGUGGAAUCCCCAUCUGCAGACAGGCCCAGACCAAACUGGAGGUGUGUUUAUACAUGUUUCUGUGGAGCCCUGACACUGAGGCCGUGCUGGUGGCCAUGUCCUGCUUCAGACACCUGUGUGAGGAGGCUGACAUCCGCUGUUCCGCUGACGAGGGGCUCGUCCAGAACAUCCUGCCCAACUACGCCACCUUCACAGAGUUCGCCUCCGUCAGCAACAUAAUGGCCACUGGACGCUCCACCCUGCAGAAGAGAGUGAUGGCCUUGUUGAGAAGGAUAGAGCACCCCACUGCAGGAAACACUGAGGCGUGGGAGGACACGCAUGCAAAAUGGGAGCAGGACACCAAACAGAUAUUGAACUUUCCCAAAAACAAGGUGGAGGAUGGUCAGGAGUGGAUCAACAUGACAGGCUUCCUGUGUGCUCUGGGCGGGGUGUGUCUGUCCCAGCACAGCAAGCCCUGUGGCCCCACCACCUACAGCCCCCCCAUGGGCCCCAUGAGCGAACGCAAAUACUCUAUGGUCUCUGUGGGCGUCUGUGAGGUCUCCAACGCUGCAGCUGGAGCCUCAGCCACCUGCUCCUCCUCUUCCUCCACUGAAACCCCCCUGGGCAGGUUCCUGGACCGCCUGCUGGUCCUGCUGGUAUGUGGUCAUGAGAGGGUGGGUCUGCACGUCCGCACCAAUGUCAAGGAGCUGCUGGGGCUGGAGCUCAGCCCGGUCCUCUACCACAUGCUCUUCAACAAGCUCAGGAACAGCAUCGGACGCUUCUUCGACACACAGGGGCCGGUCCCCAUCAAUGACACUAACACCCAGUUUGUGGAGCAGACCAUUGCCAUCAUGAAGAACCUACUGGAUAACCAUGCUGAGGGCAGCUCAGAGCACCUGGGACAGGCCAGCAUAGAGACCAUGAUGCUCAACCUGGUCAGGUACGUGCGUGUCUUAGGCAACACGUUGCAUGCCAUCCAGAUGAAAACCAAGCUGUGCCAGCUGGUGGAGGUGAUGAUGGAGAGACGAGACGACCUGUCCUUCUGCCAGGAGAUGAAGUUCAGGAACAAGAUGGUGGAGUACCUGACAGACUGGGUGAUGGGCACCUCCAACCAGGCUGCUGAUGACGAUAUCAAGUGUCUGACCAGAGACCUGGACCAGGCCAGUAUGGAGGCGGUGGUGUCUCUGUUAGCUGGCCUGCCUCUACAGCCAGAGGAGGGAGACGGGGUGGAGCUGAUGGAGGCCAAGUCCCAGCUCUUCCUCAAGUACUUUACCCUGUUCAUGAACCUGCUGAAUGACUGCAGUGAGGUGGAGGAUGAUGGCCAGCCGGUGGUUGGGAGGAAGAGGGGCAUGUCUCGACGCCUGGCCUCCCUCAGACACUGUACUGUCCUGGCCAUGUCCAACCUCCUCAACGCCAACGUGGACAGCGGACUCAUGCACUCUAUCGGUCUGGGCUACCAUAAGGACCUGCAGACACGGGCCACCUUCAUGGAGGUUCUGACUAAGAUCCUCCAGCAGGGGACAGAGUUUGACACACUGGCAGAGACGGUGCUGGCAGACCGCUUUGAAAGGCUGGUGGAGCUGGUCACCAUGAUGGGAGACCAGGGAGAGCUGCCCAUCGCCAUGGCACUGGCCAAUGUGGUGCCAGGAUCCCAAUGGGACGAGCUGGCCCGUGUGUUGGUGACACUGUUUGACUCUCGCCACCUGCUGUAUCAGCUGCUGUGGAACAUGUUCUCCAAGGAGGUGGAGCUGGCUGACUCCAUGCAGACUCUCUUCAGAGGCAACAGUCUGGCCAGUAAAAUCAUGACCUUCUGUUUCAAGGUUUACGGGGUGGCGUACCUACAGAAGCUCCUGGAGCCUCUACUUAAAGGGGUCGUCACCACCCCAGAGUGGCACAACAUCAGCUUUGAGGUGGACACAACCAGACUAGAACAGUCAGAGAACCUUGACGAGAACCAGCGGAACCUUCUCCAGAUCACAGACCGGUUCUUCCUGGCCAUUAUCAACUCCUCCAGCGAGUUCCCGCCACAGCUACGCAGUGUGUGUCACUGUCUCUACCAGGUGGUGAGCCAGCGUUUCCCCCAGAACAGUAUAGGGGCGGUGGGCAGUGCCAUGUUCCUGCGCUUCAUCAACCCUGCCAUCGUGUCACCCUACGAGGCAGGCAUCCUGGAUGAGAAGCCCCCACCCAGCAUAGAGAGAGGACUAAAGCUCAUGUCCAAGAUCCUCCAGAGCAUUGCCAACCACGUGUUGUUUACCAAAGAGGAGCACAUGAGGCCUUUUAACGACUUUGUGAAAAGCAACUUUGAUGCAGCCAGGCGGUUCUUUUUGGACAUAGCUUCUGACUCUCCUCCCAGUGACUCAGUCAACCACAGCCUGUCCUUCAUCAGUGAUGGCAACGUUCUGGCCCUCCAUAGGCUGCUGUGGAACAACCAGGAGAGGAUCGGACAGUACCUCUCCAGCAACAGGGACCACAAGGCAGUGGGCAGGCGGCCGUUUGACAAGAUGGCCACCCUCCUGGCCUAUCUGGGGCCCCCCGAACACAAACCUGUUGCCGACACCCACUGGUCCAGCCUCAACCUCACCAGCUCCAAGUUUGAGGAAUUUAUGACCAGGCACCAGGUCCAUGAGAAAGACGAGUUUAAAGCCCUGAAGACCCUCAACAUCUUCUACCAGGCUGGAACCUCCAAGAAUGGCAACCCUGUCUUCUACUAUAUUGCUCGCAGGUUUAAGACAGGCCAGAUCAACGGAGAUCUUCUAAUCUACCAUGUGCUGCUGACCCUGAAGCCUUACUACGCCAAGCCCUACGAUAUCAUAGUGGACCUGACCCACGUGGGUCCCAGCAACCGCUUCAAGACAGACUUCUUGUCCAAGUGGUUUGUGGUGUUCCCGGGUUUCGCAUACAAGAACGUGACGGCGGUCUACGUGUACAACUGCAACACAUGGGUGAGGGAGUACACCAAAUACCAUGAGAGGCUGCUGACAGGCCUGAAGGGCAGCAAGCGGGUGCAGUUCAUCGACUCACCGGCACGGUUGGCGGAGCACGUAGAGGCAGAGCAGCAGAAACUCCCAGCGGCCACGCUGGCCCUGGAAGAGGACCUCAAGGUGUUCCACAACGCCCUCAAACUGGCCCACAAGGACACCAAGGUCUCCAUCAAGGUGGGCUCCACGGCCGUCCAGGUGACGUCAGCAGAGCGUACCCGUGUCCUGGGCCAGUCCGUGUUCCUCAACGAUGUGUACUAUGCCUCUGAGGUCGAGGAGAUCUGCCUGGUGGACGAGACCCAGUUCACCCUGACCAUGGCCAACCAGGGCACACCCCUCACCUUCAUGCACCAGGAGUGUGAUGCCAUCGUCCAGUCCAUCAUCCACAUCAGGACGCGCUGGGAGCUGUCACAGCCAGACUCUAUCCCCCAGCACACCAAGAUCAGGCCCAAAGAUGUGCCGGGUACCCUGCUGAACCUCGCCCUGCUCAACCUGGGCAGCUCCGACCCCAGCCUCAGGUCUGCAGCCUACAACCUGCUGUGUGCCUUAACCUGCACCUUCAACCUGAAGAUUGAGGGCCAGCUGCUGGAGACCUCAGGCCUGUGUAUCCCUGCCAACAACACCCUCUUCAUAGUCUCCAUCAGCAAGACGCUAGCCGCCAACGAACCACACCUCACCCUGGAGUUCCUGGAGGAGUGCAUUUCCGGCUUCAGCAAGUCUAGUAUUGAGCUGAAGCACUUGUGUCUGGAGUACAUGACCCCCUGGCUGCUCAACCUGGUGAGGUUCUGUAAGCACAAUGACGACGCCAAGCGCCAGCGUGUCAGCGCCAUCUUGGAUAAGCUCAUCACCAUGACCAUCAACGAGAAGCAAAUGUACCCCUCUAUACAGGCCAAGAUCUGGGGCAGCCUCGGCCAGAUAACGGACCUGCUGGACGUGGUGUUGGACAGCUUCAUCAAGACCAGCGCUACAGGAGGCCUGGGCUCCAUCAAGGCUGAGGUCAUGGCCGACACGGCUGUGGCUCUGGCCUCAGGGAAUGUCAAACUGGUCUCCAGCAAGGUGAUUGGCCGGAUGUGUAAGAUCAUCGAUAAGACGUGCCUGUCUCCCACGCCCACCCUGGAGCAGCACCUGAUGUGGGAUGACAUCGCCAUCCUGGCCCGUUACAUGCUGAUGUUGUCCUUCAACAACUCUCUGGACGUAGCAGCUCACCUGCCCUACCUGUUCCACGUGGUCACUCUGCUGGUGGCCACCGGACCCCUGUCCCUCCGCGCCUCCACACACGGCCUGGUCAUCAACAUAAUCCACUCUCUCUGCACCUGCUCCCAGCUCAACUUCAGAGAGGAGACCAAGCAGGUCCUGAGGCUGAGCCUGACAGAGUUCUCCCUGCCUAAGUUCUACCUGCUGUUUGGCAUCAGUAAGGUCAAGUCUGCUGCAGUCAUCGCCUUCCGCUCCAGCUACCGCGACCGCUCCUUCUCCCCCGGGUCCUACGAGAGGGAGACCUUCACCCUCUCCUCCCUGGAGACCGUCACUGAGGCCCUGCUGGAGAUCAUGGAGGCGUGCAUGAGGGACAUCUCAGUGUGUAAGUGGCUGGACCAGUGGACCGAGCUGGCUCAGAAGUUUGCGUUCCAGUACAACCCGUCCCUGCAGCCCAGAGCCCUGGUGGUGUUUGGCUGCAUCAGUAAGAGGGUGACCCACGGCCAGAUCAAACAGAUCAUCAGGAUCCUCAGCAAGGCCAGCCCCCUGCUCAGCAUAGACCGGGGGCUGGAGAGCUGCUUAAAGGGACCUGAUAACUACAACAGCCAGGUGUUGAUUGAGGCCACAGUCAUCGCUCUGACUAAGCUGCAGCCCCUUCUCAACAAGGACUCCCCCAUGCACAAGGCAGUGUUCUGGGUGGCUGUGGCUGUGCUGCAGCUGGAUGAAGUCAACCUGUACUCUGCUGGGACGGCCCUGCUAGAGCAGAACCUACACACUCUGGACAGCCUGAGAGUUUUCAAUGACAAGAGUCCAGAGGAGGUAUUUAUGGAGAUCAGGCGUCCUCUGGAGUGGCAUUGUAAACAGAUGGACCACUUUGUGGGCCUCAACUUCAGCUCCAACUUCAACUUCGCACUGGUUGGACACCUGCUCAAAGGCUUCAGACACCCGUCCCCCACCACGGUGGCUCGGACAGUGCGUAUCCUCCACACGCUGCUGGCCCUGGUGGGAAAACACCUCAACUGUGACAAGUUUGAGGUCAACACCCAAAGCGUGGCCUACCUGGCAGCCCUGCUCACCGUGUCAGAGGAGGUGCGUAGUCGCUGCAGUCUAAAACACAGGAAGUCUCUGUUGCUGUCUGAGAUGGGCAUGGAGAACGUUCCCAUGGAUACCUACUCUCUGCACCACACUGACCCCAGCUUCAGGACACUGAGAGAGUGCCAGCCGUGGGCGUCUCCCAAGGUGUCAGAGCGCUAUCUGAAUGCCUACUACCCCACGGUGGGGCAGAUCAGCCCCCGUACACGCAAGUCCAUGAGCCUGGACAUGGGCCAGGCCUCCCAUGCCAACACCAAGAAGCUGCUGGACUACAGGAAGAGUUUUGAUCACUUGAUAUCCGACUCCAAAGCACCAAAGAGACCAGAGACGGAGUCUGGCGUAACCACCCCGCCUAAGGUGAGGUGUGUGGCCGAGAACGCCUACGAGAUAGACAGCCAAAGAAUGGGUCACUCCCACCUCCGCAAGGUGUCUGUGACAGAGUCCAACGUCCUACUGGACGAGGAGGUGCUGACUGACCCCAAAGUCCAGGCCCUGCUGCUCACUGUGCUGGCCACCCAGGUCAAGUACACCACAGACGACUUUGACCAGAGGAUCCUGUAUGAGUAUCUAGCUGAAGCUAGCGUCGUCUUCCCUAAGGUCUUUCCCGUCGUCCACAACCUGCUGGACUGUAAGAUCAACACGCUGCUGUCUAUGUGCCAGGAUACCAACCUGCUGAACCCAGUGCAUGGCAUCAUUCAGAGUGUAGUUUACCAUGAAGAGUCUCCUCCACAAUACCAACCCUCCUAUCUACAGAGCUUCGGCUUCAACGGACUUUGGAGGUUUGCCGGACCCUUCUCAAAGCAAACUCAGAUCCCAGACUACGCUGAGCUGAUUGUGAAGUUCCUGGAGGCCUUGAUUGACCGCUACCUGCCUGGUACAGAGGAGGAGAGGAGCGAGGAGCAGCUCCGUACCCCCACCUCGCCCUACCCCCCCGUCACCCAGAGCCAGCUCAGCAUCACCGCGAACCUCAACCUCUCCAACUCCAUGACCUCCCUGGCCACCUCGCAGCACUCCCCAGGCGUGGAUAAAGAGAAUGUGCAGCUCUCCCCCAGUGCGGCUCUCUCCACCAGUGGACGGACCCGCCAUGGCUCUGCCAGUCAGGUGCAGAAACAGCGCAGCGCAGGUAGCUUCAAGAGGCCUUGCGUCAAUAAGAUGGUAUGAGACAAAGAGAUAGGAAGAGAGUGAGAGAUGGAGAGAACAAUAGCCAUCCAAAGGCCCACCAUGCAACACAUCUUGCUGCACUCCUCUUUUUACCCUUUUUGUUUUGGUGUUUUUAUGAUGAAUGGUGAAGUCAACCUGAGGAUCAGUGUUGUAUUGGGGAAGUAGUUGCAUGCGUCUCUGUGUUCUCCUUUUGUUUGUCUUGCGUCUGGAGUGUUGCAACACGAGAGAUGGCUUCGGAUGGAUUGAGUUGUUAUUCACGUACAGAAAUGUGGUCCCAGUUUUAAAAAUGUAUUUUUAGCCAUUAAAAGGACAAACUGUCAAGGUGACUGAAAUAAGCUGUUGAAUUGUCAAUGAAUCCAGGUCCAUAUAUAAUGUAUUCAGUGUAAGAACUGGACAACAUGAUGUUUGGUGAGUGCUGCAUUGUGUGACAUAGGAAGAUGACUGUGCGAAUCAAUGUGGGCGUCCUUGUUGGACCAUUAUGACAUCAUCGUGCCCAGGGGAGGAAAAGAAAUGGAGGAUUUUGGACCUGUAUACUGAAGGACAGCCUCUUGCCUCCGCUCCAACCCCACAGUCUACUCCAAAACAACCCCACUACCGCCUUCACACAGCAAGGCUGCAGCAGCCAUUCUCCACUUCCAUCUAUGCAGGGUAGCUCAAAUUACCUACUAACGGAUGGAUAAUCAUGCUGUUAGCAAAACCUUCAAUCCACAGUCUUGAAACCUGGAUUUGGACACACAUUAUCAUUUUGAUUCUUCCCAGUUGUGUACAUAUGUAUGUAUAUAGAUGUACAGAAAGGAUAUACAUUAUAUAACUAGUCCAAAUAAUAAUAAUAAUAAUAAUAAUAAUAAUUGGGUUGUUUUAUCCAUGGUGUGCCUUCGUCAGGGUUUUCCAAUGUGAAUAAUUAUGUGUGAAAUAAAGUAAAGCCUUUCUUGGGGAAAAGAACAGGUACUAAUCAUCGACUAUUAUGUUGACUCUCUGUAGAGCUGCUCUGUAGAGCUGCUCGUUAACUGUAUGUCAUGAUAGUCAAAUGUACAAUCACCAAUAAUACCCUGCUGCCUGGAAGUAUUUAACCUGUACAGAUGGAUAGUCCUCACUAAAUAUUGAAGUUAUUCCUUUUGAAACGUUUGCCAUGCAAGAAUAUGAAUUUCAAGACACUAGAUAAGACUACGCAACCUUGUAAAUAUUGAAAGGCCUUUAUUGAGUUGUAUCAUGUUUUCUCUAUAUUGCAUUUGGAUUCGUUUACAGUUCCGACCGUGACUAGGAAAAUUAAGUAAUGUGCACAAAAAUUGCCAAAACCCAUCACUAAUAGCAACUAUGUGAAUACUUAAAUUGUCAUGACAUUGAUCACAAUAUUUAAAUCUACCACCUGUCUAAGAUUAUUCUUAAAUAAAGGUUAAAUAAGUUAAUUUGUUUAGUUAAAGGUUCAAUUUAGGUUAAAGGUGAAAUAAAAAAGUAAAGCAUUAACAAAAAAAAGUUAAAUAAAGGUUCAAUUUAAAAUAAAUGUGUGAUACAGAUUACAGAAUUGAUCGUUUUGAAGUUCUGGUUUGAUAAGAUGCCAAUAUGUUCUCCUGAUUUCCUGUUCACGCACAUGGGUGUCUCUUUCUCUGGUUGAAUGAAGUCUACCUAUGAAUUUUCUCCUAUCGCCAAAUGAAAGGUAGUGAGGGAAAUGAGGGCGGCCAUUACUUUGUUGUCUGAAGGUUGUUGUUCCUCCUGUAAAGUACCAGCCUCAUUCACUCACUUCCCCUUCAUCCUAACCUUUCCAUUUGUGCAGAUCCAUAAGGUAGACGCUAUAUGGUGGAAGUUCCACCAUUACACUGCAUAUACCCAUCUGCAUUCCAGACCCUUUGGAUCUGCAGACAUGGAGGGGUAGAUGUUUGGAACGGUGGUUACUUAAGUCAUUGGGACAGGACCUCAAUCCCAGACGCUCUUGCAGCAGAUGCAGGAACACCGCACGAAAGACUAGCUUGCACUAUGGGAAGGAGGAUUCUUUGUAUUUGGUUUCCCACUUCACUACAUGUUGUGUUUAAAUGUCAUUGUGACAAAUUAAUGUCCCCAUAUGGCACUGCAGCUUCCACAGGAUCAUCCUCUCAAAGGAAAGGGCCCAAUCCUUACUUGAGAUUUGUGCAUGCAAAUCUCCCAUAUAUAUCAAUGCAUGGUGCUUUAGAUGAAAGUGCCAGUUGGCUUUCUUCCCAGUUGGUUUACCUCUAAUACCUGAGUCCCUGUGUACCUCUUCAGAAAGUCAUACCUGAGUCUCUGUGUACCACUCCAGAAAGUCAUACCUGAGUCCCUGUGUACCACUCCAGAAAGUCAUACCUGAGUCCCUGUGUACCACUCCAGAAAGUCAUACCUGAGUCCAUGUGUACCACUCCAGAAAGUCAUACCUGAGUCCAUGUGUACCACUCCAGAAAGUCAUACCUGAGUCCCUGUGUACCACUCCAGAAAGUCAUACCUGAGUCCCCGUGUACCACUCCAGAAAGUCCUAACUCAGUCCCCGUGUACCACUCCAGAAAGUCCUAACUCAGUCCCUGUGUACCACUCCAGAAAGUCCUAACUCAGUCCCUGUGUACCACUCCAGAAAGUCCUAACUCAGUCCCUGUGUACCACUCCAGAAAGUCAUACCUGAAGCCCUGUAUGCCACUUCAGAAAGUCAUACCUGAAGCCCUGUAUGCCACUUCAGAAAGUCAUACCUGUGUACCACUCCAGAAAGUCAUACCUGAGUCCCUGUGUACCACUCCAGAAAGUCAUACCUGAAGCCCUGUAUGCCACUUCAGAAAGUCAUACCUGUGUACCACUCCAGAAAGUCAUACCUGAGUCCCUGUGUACCACUCCAGAAAGUCAUACCUGAGUCCCUGUGUACCACUCCAGAAAGUCAUAACUCAGUCCCUGUGUACCACUCCAGAAAGUCAUACCUGAGUCCCUGUGUACCACUCCAGAAAGUCAUACCUGAAGCCCUGUGUACCACUCCAGAAAGUCAUAACUCAGUCCCUGUGUACCACUCCAGAAAGUCAUACCUGAAGCCCUGUGUACCACUCCAGAAAGUCAUAACUCAGUCCCUGUGUACCACUCCAGAAAGUCAUACCUGAGUCCCUGUGUACCACUCCAGAAAGUCAUACCUGAAGCCCUGUGUACCACUCCAGAAAGUCAUAACUCAGUCCCUGUGUACCACUCCAGAAAGUCAUACCUGAAGCCCUGUGUACCACUCCAGAAAGUCAUACCUGAGUCCCUGUGUACCACUCCAGAAAGUCAUACCUGAAGCCCUGUGUACCUCUUCAGAAAGUCAUACCUGAGUCCCUGUAUGCCACUUCAGAAAGUCAUACCUGAGUCCCUGUGUACCACUCCAGAAAGUCAUACCUGAGUCCCUGUGUACCACUCCAGAAAGUCAUCUCAGUCCCUGUGUACCACUCCAGAAAGUCAUACCUGAAGCCCUGUGUACCACUCCAGAAAGUCAUACCUGAGUCCCUGUGUACCACUCCAGAAAGUCAUAACUCAGUCCCUGUGUACCACUCCAGAAAGUCAUACCUGAAGCCCUGUGUACCACUCCAGAAAGUCAUACCUGAGUCCCUGUGUACCACUCCAGAAAGUCAUACCUGAGUCCCUGUGUACCACUCCAGAAAGUCAUACCUGAGUCCCUGUGUACCACUCCAGAAAGUCAUACCUGAGUCCCUGUGUACCACUCCAGAAAGUCAUACCUGAGUCCCUGUGUACCAUUCCAGAAAGUCAUAACUCAGUCCCUGUGUACCACUCCAGAAAGUCAUACCUGAAGCCCUGUGUACCACUCCAGAAAGUCAUACCUGAGUCCCUGUGUACCACUCCAGAAAGUCAUACCUGAAGCCCUGUAUGCCACUUCAGAAAAGAUUGGACACAGUUAAAUAUGUGAGUGCGUACCAUUCUAAUUUAAGUUAUUGACCCAUACAUUUGGCCAAAUUGUUUCCAGCCAUUUCUGUGGAAUAGCCUUAGUUGUACUCCUGUUGUUUUUUUUAUUUCAAAUUUCCCCUGAAUAUAUUUAUGAAGGAUGCAGGUGUGGUUUACCACCCAUAGAAACUGUUUGAAUUGAACAAAGGAGUGAAUGAGGAAAGGAAGAGACAGGACUUCAAGUGUUACUGACUAUAUUUGUAAAGGGAAAACUGAAAUAUACACUACAUGACCAAAAGUAUGUGGACACCUGCUCGUUGAACAUCUCAUUCCAAAGUCAUG